AUGACUGAAAGAGAAUUCACUCUGAAACAUAUAUUCACUGAUGUUGAGAAAUUUGAGAAAUAUCAAUAUCUCUAUAGUCCAGAAAAAGAACAUUUUGGAGUCAAAUGGAAAAUAUGUAUUAAAAAAAUGAACGAACACCUCGCAAUGUUUUUAUACACAAAUGUGACGGGAAAUCAAGAAAUUCACACUAAUUAUAUCGUGAGAAUAUUCUCGAAAAACCGGGAAAAAAAUCAUUCAAGUCUGGGAGUAGAUUAUUCAAAAAUAAUGGGUACGGCUGGGGUUGGCCCUAUUUUAUUGAAUGGAGAACUUUGGAAGAUGAAUAUCUGGAUGAUGGAAAAUUGGAAGUGGAAGUUCAUAAAAGGCCUACAAAGUUUCGGAGAGGAAAUGAAACAAUUCUCCGAUGUCACAUUGAAAGUAAAAGAGCGGAAAUUCUAUAUUUCGAAGUUGUACCUCUCCUCUCAUUCUCCAUAUUUUGCAACUUUAUUUUUGGGAAGAUUUCAAGAAUCUGAAAAAUCAGAAAUCGAAUUAAAAGAUGUCAAUCCUCAAGACUUCCAAUACUAUCUUGAAGUUCUACAUCUAGAAAAUGCAAUUGACGAUGAUACUGUCCAAGGAAUUUUAUCAGUGGCUUAUUUGUUCGACACUCCUAAAAUUGUCAAAAAAUGUGAAGAAUUUUUGGUGAAGGAAUCAAAAAAGGGAUUGAAAGAAAAGUUGGAAAUGGCUGGAAGUUACAGGUUGGAAGAAUUGAAAAAAAUGUGUCUGAAUCAGAUCAAGUCAAAAGCGGAUAUUAGUUCAGUUAUUCCAGCGGAUCCCAUGGAAAUGGACCCAAAAAUUCUUGCAGAACUUUUCAAAAAAGCACUUGUUUUCAAUUAA